AUGAGCUCGAUGGCUGAGGGCAGUGAGGAUUGGUCGCGCGAGGACGAGCUUGAGCUGGGCCAGGAUGACGAUCCCCAACAACCUGACCAUGGCGCCCUCGACCAAACAUUACCUUCCCCGCAGGCACUAGCGGAGGAGGAAUUGGACACAAUAGACAAUGCGGAGGACCACGACUCCGAGAAGACAGCGGGACAGAAUGAUUUCAAAUUCCCAGAAACCCCUCCGCCGCGACACGCGGACUGGACAGCGACAAGGAGCGUGGAUGAAACAGGGUCAAACCCCGACGAUUCCCCAUCGCUACAUGGCUCUAUUUCGUCCUCCCUGAGUAGCAGUGCUCUCGCACUCCGCGGAUCUCCACGAGUCAGCCCGAACCCGGCCCGUCGCCCCUUUGACCUUCGCUUCCAGUCCCGAUUAUCCUCAUCGCCGCAAAGUGUGUCUAGAGCCGGCUCGCCAUUCCUAGCGCAUCUUCACUCCCGGCAAUCUUCAAUAACCAGCCAGGUUUCUUAUACCCCAGAGACAGAAGCCGAACCGGUCCAGGGACCUUGGGAUGUGGUGCGAUGGACAAAGUUGCGGAAGAUCACUGGGCAGGCGUUCUCGGAAAUCGGGAAGCGCAAUUUCGGACGGCCGACUUGCCUUGCAGUCUCCACAUCUAUUGUAAUAGGCACAUCCAAGGGUAUUAUUCUCGUGUUUGAUUAUCAGCAAAGCUUGAAGACUAUCAUUGGAACGGGCACACCAGCGGUUGAAUGCGGUGCUGUUACAUCUCUAGCACUUUCUGCAGAUCAUACUACCGUUGCAGGGGGCCAUGACUCGGGCGAUAUCUUCACCUGGGAGAUUUCGCGCUCAGCAAAGCCUUUCCUUCAUAUCCCGCCAAUUCUGGCCAAUCAAAUCGAGACUCGGAUAUCUGAUGGCCAUCUUUCAGGAUCGGCGGUCAUUCAUAUCGGGUUUCUUGGCACCAGACGAACCGCGCUGGUCUCGGCUGACACACGGGGCAUGUCGUUCUCACACCUAGCAACAAGAGGAAUGGGAGCAGUAGGGCGGACAGUCAAGACGACUCGAAUCCUGGGUCGAUAUCCCCAAGCAACGGCAGAGACCAAGCGGCGGAAGCCUAGCUCUGUCCUUGCUUUCUCCCCUCUGCCUCUCGGCAACGUAGAGCAGUCCACCGAUUCUUUGGGCCUCGUUGCUAUGUUGACACCCUAUCUUCUUGUUAUUGUGUCCACCACACCAGUGGCACAAACCCAACACAAAGCACCGAGACCCAAAGAAGUUCCCGCUCACAGUGCCAUGACCGGCGCCUUGGCAUGGUUUCCAGCCAUUCGACUGAAGGGCAAAGAUACACAAACUUCAAACACAAAGCUUGUCUACUGUUGGUCAAAUGUUUUGACCGUGCUUGAAAUCUCAGAGGCCGAGUCAGACGAACCUGCAGACAAAGACAAGCCGCCCAGCCUUGUCUUUAGAGCACGCAGCAGAUGGAGAGCAGAUGAAGCCAUUGUGGCUGUUCAAUGGCUCAGUCGUUCGGUACUCGCGGUGUUUACAAUAACGCAGCGGCUGCUGAUCAUCGAAGAUUAUUCUAUGCAUGUGACAGACUCGGUCGAUCUUGCCAACAGACACAUCUAUCACACUGAUCUCUUCUCGUCACAGCUUCAUUCACUAGUUGAACAGCUUGACGAAGAGGACGAGUCUAUGCACGGAGUAGUAGCAGAUGCAUUCCAUAUGAGUUUCCGCUCGUACAAAGGGCGCUUGUUCUUGCUAGGUUAUAACGAAGCCUUGGUAGGCAAUCUGUCAAAUUGGGCUGAUCGCUUGCUGGCGCUUAUGGAAGCUGGUGACUUCAUUGGUGCCAUCCGACUAGCCACCUCCUACUAUACGGGAGAGUCGGAAAAGCUGACAGUUGGGCUUCCGGAAGAGGAUGUUUUAAGACAGCCGAUUGUGCAAGAAAAGCUUUUGGAGAUGAUCUCCGCAUCCCUCAAGUAUGCUUUUGGUCGAAACUCCGAGGCAAGCAAUGACCGACUUGAGAACCAGCAGCUGGAGGAGCUAGCAGAAGUUUCUAUCGCGGCGUGUAUCUACAUGGCCGACAAAGAGUUCCUCUGGGACGAAGUCUUCAACUGGUAUGAGGAGCAAGAUUCGGCAGGCAUUUUCUUGGAUGCCCUCGAACCACGCAUCGUUGAUGGAACUCUGCGAUCACUACCUCCAACUGCAGUCAAAGCCUUGAUUAACCACUUCAUUGGAACUCACUCGGCCGGUCGCUUAGAGGAGAUCAUCUGCCUACUUGAUACUACCACAAUGGACAUCGAUCAAGUCACAACGCUGUGUAAGCAACAUAAUCUUUACGACGCCUUUAUAUACGUAUGGAACCGCUGUUUGAUGGAUUAUGUGGGACCACUGGAAGAGCUACUACAGCUUAUUCCUUCUCAAUCCGAGCGCUUGGCCAACGGUGACUACGUGGUUGAAAUGAGACGGCAGAACAAUGCCAUGAAAAUGUUCCCCUAUUUGUCAUUUAUCUUGACGGGUCGCGUCUAUCCCACCGGAGACGACAUGGACGAGGUUGAAGCCACACGAGCUAAAACAGACUUGUACCAAUUCCUCUUCUCGGGCCGUGGGACUGGCACAGUACCUGGAGAUAACAACGGGGCAGAAUCAUUCUCUCAACUUCGAGCCAUGCUCAAGUUCGAUGCUUCCAGCUUCAUGAGCAUGCUCAACGAGGCAUUCGAGGACAGUUUCCUAAAUGAGCCCGAGAGCGAGGAUGUCUCUGCGACGGGCAUGUCGAUCAAUCGACAGUACCUCAUCAGCAUUUUGCUGCAAGUCAUGGGCGACGAUUUUUUCACGCCUUUUGAUACCAUCUACCUGGAUAUGUUUGUUGCGCGCAAUCUUCCCAAAUAUCCCCAGUAUAUUCUCCUUUCCGGCACAAUCCUCCACCGGGUUCUGGUCCGUGUGUGCCAAUAUCCGGAGCAGGAAAUGGCAGACGAUUGUGAAUUGAGUGCAGAGUAUUUGCUGUCCUUUUACCACCCACCGGACAUCCAGACCAUGAUUCCUCUAUUUAAAGAGGCACGCUUUUUCCGGAUCCUCAAGUCCAGCUACCGUUUAGAGAAGCAGUAUCCCCUGUUGGUUAUGACUUACCUGGAGGAUCCGAAUGACCGCGAUGCCAUCUUCACCUGCCUGCAUGACUGCCUCCGUCCAGGCUCUGGGCUUGGCAAGAAACAGAGACGUGAUAUAGUGCACGUAGUCAAGGAACGUGCCCGGGAGAUCGCCGAAAUUGAUGUGACGCACGCUGCACAGACGAUGCAAGACUUGGCCCCUGAAACACAUUCUACUUUUUUGCAGGUUCUAGAAGAUGAUCCCCAGAAACAGUAUCAGUACUUGCUGGUUCUGGUCGAGCCACAGGCUCGAACUGCAGACACCCAAUCUCCGCCCAGCAUUGAGAACUGGAUGAUCGAGCGCUACGUGCAGCUCUUGUGCAAAUACAACCCCUCUCAUGUUGCAGACUUCGUCGACGGAUUGCGAGUUGGUGACAUCCACCUAGACAAACUGCUCCCGUACAUCGAGGAAAGCGGAGCCAUCGAUGCUGCCGUCAUUCUCCUCGCCCGACAGGGCCAAGUCCGCGAAGCUCUGGACCGUCUUAUCGCACAUUUGAGCACCCUUGAAUCCGGUCUGGUAGGCAUCCUCCAGAGCGUGCGCGAGAGCCCAGACUCAGCGACCACCGCCGAGGCCAUCGACGACCUGAUCGAAUCUCUGAACAAGUAUGCGGGUGUCGGAACAUGGCUCUGCCAGGGCCAAAGUAAGACAGCCAAGCAGUCGCGCACAGGCAGCGCCAACGGCAAACGCAACGCGCCAACCCUCGACCAGCCUCUCGCCUUCGACGAACUCCUCUGGCUCGACCACAUCGAAGCCGUGGUCCGCAUCGCGAGCAACGUCUUUGCCUUCAUACAAGGAAACAACACCCAACCAUCAACAUCCCUCGGUGAAAGCGGCCGCCUAACAACCUCUUUCCGCACCCUCGUCCAGCAAGUUUUCACAGCCCUCCUCGCAAGCACAGUAAAAAGUAGCCCAACCACAGCCGAAAGAACAGACAUGUCCUUCCUCCGCAUCCUCCGCGCAUUCCUCACCCGCGCUGCAAGCUGGUCCCCUUCCCUCCUCGAGCUGCGCGCCGUUCUAGCCUCCAUCUUUUCCGCCUACUCCUACGAGAAAUCCCUCUUAACCCUCGCAAACGGCAUGCUCGACCGCGACCUCUUCAUCCACGUCGACGAAGUCUCCCGUUUACGCCAACACGGCUGGCGACCCCGCGGCCACGUCUGCGAGAUCUGCCGCGGCCGCAUCUGGGGUCCCAGCGUUGGCGACUCCCAUUGGUCCGCAUGGGAAGUGCGACGCGCUGAAGACCAUACCCGUCGCAUCGCGAGACGUAAUGCGGAUAGCUAUAACCCGUCCGAGCGCGGGAAGGGUAAGGCUGCUGAUGUUGGAGUCGGUCAUCUGUCCCGUCUGGAUGUGGGCGUACAUGCGCAUGUCCACGCUCAUCGUGAUGGCGCUCGUGGUGGUAUGUCUGAUGCGAACGCUGGUCAUGAUCAUGAUCAUGACCACGUCGAGGCUGGAGCUAUAUCUAGCACUGCUACAGUCGCAGAUAGUAUACCAGAACCCGUUAUCGUUUUCGCCUGUCGACACCUCUACCACCGACGCUGUGUGAUGAACGCCGUCAGCGGAGCCCGACCUACUGAAACCGCGUUUCGGCGCGACCAUUUGCCCGAUCUGUUUUGCCCGGUCUGUACAUAG